AAGGGAGAUCGGAUGGGCAGCCGGCCAACGAUAUUUUGACACGCACCGCGGAGCACGUGUUGGCCCUUUGCAGUCUUAUGAAAACUCCGGCAACGGAGCAGAGCCGCUUGUUAUGAAAGGUCUAGAAAUUACUAAUCCUCAGCGUUAAUAUGCUGGGAGCCUUCAAGACUCCGCCUCUGCGCACCCUGAUGCUUCGCGCAACAUCGCACAAGCAGGAGCCGCGGCGAGCCUCUCCCGCUGCGGGCGGAUGCGCCGCGGCCUUACCGUGCCGCAGUUGGAGCCUGCUGCCCGCGCCCCGCCGUUGUGGCGCUUCCCUGGCCGAUUUUUUUGCGCGGCAGAUUUUUCCAGGUGUCCCAUUCGGGCGCGUUGGGGGCGCGAGCGCGCUGGCCCCAAGACCCAUGCUUUGGCGCCCGCGGCGCGCCGAUGCAGGGGGUGCGUGGCGUCACGCUAGUGCGCGCGCAAGCGUGCGGCGGCGCCCUCAGAGACGCGGCCGCGUAGAGUGCCAAGGGUGGGGGAUAGCUGCGCCACUCUGCUGGGAUAAGUCGCGCGACUCAGAUGCGCUGAAGCGUGCAGGCUGCUCCUUGUUUUUGGAUUCGCUGGAGAGCAUUUUCGAAGGCGUGAAAGAUGGCAAAACCGCGUCGCGUGCUUUCGACAUUUUGGCGGAUGACUCGAAGAAAAACACCGCACCAGUCUGGCUCUACCUGAGCGGCUUCGCAUUCGUGUGCAAACGUUGGCGCCACCGGUGAAGAAAAUCUGCGGGAGGACCCGGGAGCAGGAUGAGGAGAAAGGAAGUGAACCCGAGCAAGAACAAGAGGAAGAGCAGCGCGCCAUCCGUCUGCCGCGCGCUACGGCGCAGGAGCUGGGCGAGCAGCUCAGCCGCUCUCGCGCAUGUUUUCGCUAAAGGCGCUAAAAAGGAAAGAUCGCCACGAAGGAGCACAGGGCGAGGGUGAUCGUAGCGGCCGCAAUGAAUUGGCUAGGCCUUCGCGCUUUGCGAGGGGUGAUGCGUAAGGCUCAAGCUUGCAGCAAUGGCCUGCGCCACGUUUUACCUGAAGAGCCCGCGGUGGGUAAUGCAGCACAGGGAGAGGGGCGUGGAGGUCUUGGCCUCAAACUAUGGCGCUGAGCAGUGUGCUGCGUGCUGAGCCGCAGGCGGCAGCUGGCAAGAAAGGGGAGCCCGCUUUUGGAUACGCUCUCCGCGACGCUGGGAAAGUCACCAAGUGCAAAACGAAGGCCGCCAAGGCUCCCGGGACAAACUUCACCAGCGGACACGCCUGGGCUUGCGGUAGUAUGUGUCUGUCGCGGACGCCAAGCAUUUUGCUGCGCCUCGCUUCAUUGGCGGAGGCUUUGCGAUGGAGCUCCGCGCGGGUUGGGGGAGCCUUCUGGAUUUCGCUCGCGGUAGUGGUCGGUCGCUUGCGCUUUUGCUGGUGUGUUAGUUUUUUUUUAGAUGGCUGGCGUCGGGGUUUUGGCUCUUGUUUCAGUCUUUCCUGGCUAGGUUUUGGCGCCGGGCUCGGGGGUUGCUUGAUUUGUCGCUCUGCAGGGUUUUGCCCCGCCGCGGGCUCUGGGGUGUUGGUGUUGAUGUGCCCAGCCAGCUCCGCUUCCGGAAGGAGCGUGCGCAAGGCGGCGCGCCUGCGGGGGGUAUGUAGUCGGGCUUCUGGGUUUUGUGCAGCAGGAACGUCGAGAAACAGACUGGUCAGCCAGCACGCGGCUCGCUGCUAGCUUGUCUACAUGGUGGGCGCUUGACUUCGGGGAGAAGCAGGCCCUCGCGCGUCUUGUCUGCGGAGCUAUGGGUUGGCGUUCUUUCUAUGUUGCUGGUUUUCAUGGUGUCUCUCGCAGGUUCGCUUAAAUGAUAUUAAUUUUCAGGAUCAAAAUGAACACAAAGAAACUCCUCCACUUCGCUGUUCUAACACUGAGGCAGCGAGCAAUGGAACACCAGCGGGAGAUCGAGAUGAAGCGCGCGAUGGCUAGAAGCGGACAAAAGUUCUUGAACGAAUCACAGAGACAGUUGGAGGUCUUAGAUGCGUACUCGAAAGCGGUCAGUGCUGCGCGAUACCAAAGCAUGGUGGUUGACCGUACUGCAGUUGCGGACAAGGAGCACUCGGGAAAGGCCGCUGCGAGCUCUUCCAAGUUUCGUUUCGACCUAGACGGUCGUCAGUUUUUUGUAGAAGAAGAGUCUCUUUCGGCGAAUGAUUUGGCGUAUUUUGCGUCGGCUUCCGCGGAGCGUGACCUCUUACAGCUCAGGUGUCAAGUAUGGCGAUGGACUAUCUAUCUGACAUUAUUGAUUAUGAUAUUUUUUCUCUUGAGUGUUAUUUUUAUCUUUCUUAUUAUUAUCGUUUUUAUUAUUGUUUUUAUCAUUAUUCUUGUUGAUGUUAUUGUUAAUAUUCUUGUUAUUGUUAUCAUUAUCAUUUCUAUUCUCCUUUUUCUGCUCUUCCGCUUCAUUUUAGAGCCACCAGCACAAGGCCGGCUUUACGUUAGUUACUCUACAGGCUCAGCUAUCUUCUUGAGCACUGCUUAGGCCUUGGGGGGUCUGGCUGUCUGCCAUUGUCUUAGUUCUAUCAAGUGGCUUGCGUACUGUAGUCACCCUCUUUUGCAAUCGUGGCACCCACUUACUUUCGUAGACGCAAGCGGCAAACUCUGUUGUCAUAUAAUAGCAAUGAUCUACAGUAGUCUUGUGUGACCCGAAGUUUUUACGGCAGGCAGAAGGAGCUGAAUAGUGAAUCUUUCGUAUUCUUUAGCAACAUUUUUUUUCAGGAGACAGUCUCAGUGCGCUUCAGAAGUGAAGAUGCACCAGUAGCAGUAUUGUUUUGUAUAUUAUUUGAGUACGCUAUAGCCUCUCAAGUCAUUACUAUUUGAGUACACAGUCUCGCCUAAUGCAAUUCUGGGACGCGACGGCAGAUUUCGACAAGAUCGAUCAGAUUACCAGGCGGCUCGUGUACCCUGUUUUUUGUGAUGAGUGUGGAGAGCUUAUUUUCUUGGCUCGAAAAUCGAUCAUGGGGCAGGCGGUGCCACAGCUGCGGUACCAGAUCGUAUUACGCGAUCCGAAAACGGGAAGCACUUACCUUGAGGUCAUAGUGCAGCGCAGCACUGGGAAGCGAUCACUAUGAUGGAAGAGCUACACUCUAGAGAAGCUUUUUCAUUUAUCAUGCUUUUCAGUACACCAUAUUUUUUCCUGUAGGAUUCUCUCAAGAAAUUUCAACUAGAAGCGUAGCAAAUUAUAGCGAGCGACGCGAUUGGGAUUGAGGAGCGCUCUUGCCUGUUGGAUUCUAGUGGCUAUUCCCCCUUCAUAGCUGCAUUGGUUAGUCGAUCCAUCAAACGAUGCUGAGUGCUAUUGCGGAUAUUGGUUUCGGGGUAAGCUGUACCUUCGAUGGCGGGCAGAUUGCAAAGAUCUGGAGAAAGCGCAUGAGGCGCAGUGGUGGGGUUGUGCGUUCCUAAAUUAUGAAGACAUUACUUUUCAUUCAGCAUAUGAUAUCCAGUUCAUCCCGCCUUCGUGUAGCUUCUCAAGAAUCCAGUCUCUAGCUUAUCUGAAGUGAGCGCCUUAUCUUAUGCUUAUGCCUCAACGACUCUAACAUGCAGCAGCGGUCCAUGCUAAAGUUUAUCCGAACAGCGCCUGUCGAUGUGUCGACUAUAAGCCACCCGGCAUACACAGAGCGAGCAACCGGUGGACAACGUCACAAAUUGCUUCCGCCAUCUUUAGCCAGGAUGGCGCUGACGCGAUUGAUGAUUAAGGACGGCCGAAGCGUCUCUUGUUCCAUGAUGAAUAUACAGAAAAGCUCCAGGCUAGUUUUCUGUUGAUGUUCUAUCAGAAGGCCUUAACAGAAGCAGCAAGUCAGUCAUUACAUUUUUUUUGUAUAAUUACAGUCAAAAACUCGACGUAUUAGUUUAUUUGUGGCUCUGACAACGAGACGUGUUGCAGCGUAUCAAGCUCUAAUAUCUUGACGACCUGAUUUGCCAGGCUGCUGGUGCAAGUGCGGACCAAUCUCGAUGAAGAACAGGCGCGGCAAGAAGCUUUAUGCAUGAGCGAGCAGAAGAGGAGCAGCCUGUAGCUCGUAUGCAGCUGGCUCCUUGCAUGUGUCGCAUUCUGGAAGACACCCACUUGCUUGCUUAUCUCCUUGAUGAUUUCUUGUAUCAAGUACUUACUUUGGCUUGUGCCUGAGAUUAUGCGCACUGCUGAGUUAUUCCUACACCAUCGUCUUAGUUACAUUUACAGACCUGGGUUUUCUUGGUGUGUCGACUAACUACUUCUUGCAAGAUGAAGAUCCGUGCUUUUGAAUGAUUUGUGCAGCUUUUCGCUCUCGUUGUUUACCAGGCAGAGGAGAGGAAUGGCCGCUAGCAUCGUGCCACUUCUCAGCGUGUUAGGCUCCAUCUUUAAAGCCCUCUUCGAUAGACUCCGUUCUUCACAGAAAAGUAGAUGUAGGCAUCAUCCUAGAACUGCGCCCAGGGCGUUAUCAAUGGAGUAACUAUUAUUAUUUUAUUACACUUACGGUCACAAAAGCCGUUGAAGUAUGUGCUCGCCAAUAUGCGCGACACACACGACUGCAACAGGUUCAGGAUCUACCUCGCGAGGGUAUAUUUAUGUUAUCAUCGGUGCUCGGCAGCUGGAUCUGCUGCACAUGCAUAAUGAGAAUAUAAGGCCUCUCAUUAGGUGAGUAGAGCCAAACUUGAUUGCACUGGUGCGAAGCUUUUCAUGCGGAAGAACACCAAUAGACUACAAAACUUGCAACUUUUCCAUCAUCCAGAGUUCAUGUUUGACAUGCAUUAACCAAGUUGUUCUUAAGACGUUGCCCGCGGAAGAACUAGGCUGCGAC